AUGCAGACACUCUGGUCUAGGGUAGCACAGGCGCAAUCGGCCUGUCGCUGUCGAGUGUGCCUUCAUCCCACCAACGCGCUUUCUAGACGUGCAACCACAGCUGCCCCACGACGAAGGGUGACCGGUGCCGACCUCUUCACAGCAUGCUACACGACGAUACUGGGUACGGCCGUCGUGAUUGACUCGCAAAGGAAGGAAGUGCGGCGAGCGGAACUCGAUGCGAAGCUGGAGAGAGCCAGGGCGUCCUUGAGCACACUCGCUGUCCAGGAAUCACCAAUUGCCUUUGAGGCAGAUGAAACGCAAGGAUCCUGGGACCAUGAAGGGAGCACAUUGCCAAAGACUUUUUCACCAGAAGGCGGAGCCACGAAAGAUGGAUCGGUGCUGCUCGGGGAGUUGGCAGACAUAGGGACCAUGACUUUUGCACCACAAUCUCGAUCUACGUUUCCGCGGCAUGAGGUGAACUGGGAACAAGUAGAGGCAGCGAUAUCAGCCGAGGAAAAAUCAGACAACUGGAUAAGACUUCCGGCAAAUGAAAAUCAACUAGAGAAAACAACCAAGACUGUGGAGCAGUUGGUGCAAACACUUUUAUGGCAGGCCAGGAGUACAAGCUCUGCUGGGCAGUCGGCUGAUCAAACGUCUACGGGAGAUGAAUUUUUGGACCAAGCCGAGGAUCUCCUGGGGGAGUACCCAAUGUAUCGCAACCCGCACGUUGAGCCCGAGGCGUCGAGGACUGCUCGUUUCGACCUGAGCGAGAAUUUCCGCACGCUUUUUAGCAAAAACCCAAACGUCAAGGAAGCAGUGGGCAAGAUUUGCUUCAAUCUUUUGGCAUCUCCGGCGCCUCCGAAUCUCCACAACUUCAUGACGCUGAUUGCCGGAUUCCACCGGGUGCAGAGGCCGGACCUUGCAGGGGCCGUGAUUGACUCCUAUCUGAUGUCUACCGACUGGCCAGCAACUCAACAAACAGUCGUUUGCCUACUCAGCCAUGCUAUAGCUACGAAUGACGUCGAGCUAUUCCGCGAGAUAGUUCUCCGGAUGAGAGGCUACAUCGGAGAUGGCAUGCAUAUACGUCGCCUCUUUCAGAGACCAAGUGACGAAAUCGCGAAUACGAAAGUAGACCAUUGGCGGCUCAAAGACUUUGUUAUUCGAAAAUUCACGUAUAUUUCGAGAUUCGAUCGUCGACACGAAGUUUUUGAUACCUUGACGCGUGGGUGGCUACACUUCAACCAGGUUCAAGCCGCCAGCAGGUCAUUUAUUGGGGCUCUGUGCAGCGAGAAUUUGCCGUCAGUGGACACCAUUCAUGAACUCCUUAAGACAAGCUUGGAAUCUCUCAACCAAACGAAUGCUCGAUAUCUGGUGAAAAAACUGUUGUCGCAUACCGAGCGGGUUGAUUACCUCAUGGAGUAUAUUAUUGCCCAAUCUACAGCUCAGAUCGCGCGCAGAAUUGGAGAAUUACUCUACUCGCUUCUUAGUCUUGCCGAUUCCGGCCAUAUAGAAGCUCUUGCAGAAGCUCGACUAUUUCUCAAGCAGCUUCUCGACUCAAUUGGAGGCAGGCCCGGCGAGUUUGACUUGAUCUGCAAAAGCGCAGCCUUAGUCAUGAAACAACAAAGGUUGGAAGAGAAGACGAAAAGGAUAGAGGCUCACAUAAAGGUGCUGGCCAUCAAGCAUGAAACUGGAAUCAACCUCGAUUAUGUAGAUGUCCUCCCGCCGAUCGAAUGGAAUCACCGGAACCUUGAAAAAUAUCCUGCUGUUUUUCACGCUCUUGAUGCUAUCGAUCUAGCAUCUGGUAUCUCGACAGGGAUUGAGAUCAAGAGACAGCUACUGCGAGGAAUGCCCGAUCAGACCAUCGCGAGGGAGCUUGACGCCGCCGCCGGGAAUCUGGACGACGUGACAUUUCAAGCCUUGAUUAGUUUCUACGAUCCGCGCCAACAAACAGAUUCAGCUCAAAUGGAAACAUCUACUGAUGUGGUCGGGCAAUUGGAAGGAUGCGCGCGCGAGAUUGAGGGGAGAAUCAAGGCAAUUUUAUUCUGCUACGCCAGGAAAUAUCAUCAAUGGAGCUGCAGGAGGGCUCAUCUGGACUGGCACAGUAUGCCAGUUGACCUGCUCUUCAGGUACACAGGUGAGCAUCUACAGUAUCAGUUAAAGAGGCGGCAGACCAAGAGACAUUUGCAGGAGGACGCUGAACAAUCAAUUGUGGCAGCACUGCAAGACGAAGACUCACGAACCUUUGAUGAGUCCUCGGCGCCCCAUAGAUAUGUGGAUAUGCCAGCCUCUGUCUCUGGUGCGAAAUCGGCUGCAACGGAGUCUAAUCAGAGACAUGUAGUAUUGUGGACAGACGGACAAGUGGAUCCCAGCAGGUAUGCUGAGGCGACUGCGUGGUGA